GAACUAAUGCAAACAGUACCCAAAUUCUGUUUCCCUUUCGACUUGGAGAGGGCAGGCCACAGUCUAGCUGCCCAACACUUCACCUUUGUCCUAACUGACUUGGCUGGGAGUCGAAGAUUUGGCUUCUGCCGCCUGGGGACCAACGCCAGAAGCUGCCUCUGCAUACUCAGUGAUCUGCCCUGGUUUGAGGUUUUCUACAAACUGCUCAACAGUGUUGGGGACCUAUUAGCCCAGGAUCAGGUCUCUGAGGCUGAAGAACUUCUCUCUACCCUGUAUCUGCAUCCUAUACCUAGGCCAGAGGCCCCUUUGGGGCUGUCCCUGGACCAACAGGAGGGCAAGCUAAGAAUUUCCAGUCACCCCAGUCUCCUACCUCCUGCACCUGGGACAAACCAGCUGCUGUCCUGCUUCAUUGCCCCAGAUGCUGGAUGUCUGCCCUCCAUCCCUGAAAAUAGGAACCUGACAGAGCUAGUGGUGGCUGUGGCUUCAGAGAACAUCGUGGGCUUAUAUAGCUCUCUGCUCAGUGAGCGUAGAGUUCUGCUCAGUGCCAGCAAACUCAGCACGCUGACAGCCUGUGUCCAUGCAUCCUGUGGCUUGCUAUAUCCUAUGCACUGGGAACACAUACUCAUCCCCACACUGCCUCCUCACUUGCUGGACUACUGCUGUGCUCCCAUGCCUUACCUUAUUGGUAUCCACACCAGCCUCAUGGAGAGAGUUCGGGACAAGGGCCUGGAGGAUGUGGUCAUCUUGGAUGUAGACACAAACACCUUGGAGUCACCAUUCCAGGAUAUGGAGACACUGCCCCCAGAUGUGGUAUCCCUCUUGAGACUAAGGCUAAGAAAAGAGGCUUUGGCUGCUGGUGAUGGUGUGUCUCGACUCUUUCUGAGGGCUCAAGCUGUGCUGUUUGGUGGCUACAGAGAUGCCCUGAUCUGCAGUCCAGGACAGCCGGUGACGUUCAGCGAAGAGGCUUUUCUGGCUCAGAAGCCAGGACCCCUACAGGCCUUCAGGCAAAACGCCAUUCACCUCCAACUCUUCAAACAGUUCAUUGAUGAGCGCCUGGAGAAGCUGAAUUCUGGAGAAGGCUUCUCAGACCUGUUUGAGCAGGAGAUCACUAGCAAUGGACUAGCCUCAGGAAGCCUCCGAUCCUAUCAGCUCUGGGCAGACAAUCUGAAAAAAGGUGGAGGAGCCCUCCUGCAUUCUGUGAAGGCCAAAACUCAGCCAGCCGUGAGGAACAUGUACCGCUCUGCCAAGAUUGGGCUCAAGGGAGUACAAAACAGGUUAAGGUACAAGGAUAGCGACUCCUUGCUGCAGAGGGGGGGUUCUCUUCGGGUUCCAGCUCCUGACAACCGCUCAGAACGUCUUCAACAUCGCCUGCCCAUCACCCACCACUUUGGCCAGUCCAGGCCCUUACGUCCCCGUCCCCAGAGGUCCCAAUCCCGAUCUGAGGACCAGGUGCCCUGGGAGGAAGAACAAAGGGAGUCCCACUCUGGGUCUGAGGAACCCUGGGGACUGGAGGACUUCGACAGCAACUUCCUGGGUUCAGGAGAACUGGACCUGCUCGGGGAGAUACUGGACAAUCUCAGCAUUGGGACAGUUGAGCCUGGUGAAUCCCCUGGUCUACACUCCAGCCACAGCUUAGACAGCUGCCAUUUGGACCAAGACAGCUGUUUCAAAUCGGUACUCCAAGAGGAAGAGGAAACUCCAGAGGAGCAAUUACUGUCUCCCACAAUCCUUGCUGCAGCUUUUCCUGGUCAGGGGUCAGAAGAAACCAGGACUUCCCAAACCUCUGUGGAGACCGAGGACCCCCAACUACCUUCCCCGAGUCAUCAGCGCUUCCUGGCUGACAAAGAACUGCCAGAGCCUCACUUGCUGCCCACCAGGACCCUUGCUGUACCUCAUUCCUCCCAAGCAUUUGCAGAACCUGAGACUCCCAAUAUCUGUGCAGAAUGCAGGCCCCCUAGCCCUGCGCCUGUUCCCCAGAACACUGCUAGAGGGGUAGCCCCGAACCUCAGAGAGAGGGUUUCUGUUCAACCCAGGGUUUCUCAGCUCAAAAAGAGGUUUGAGGGUUAGGGACAAUUCCAGGUUAAGGGGUGCAGGGGAAAGAUCCAAUCACUAAUUAGGGUUUCCCCACUCCAAUACAAUAGUUAUUUCAUUUGUCCUAUCAAGUCCCACCCUAGACCUCAACCUCCCCCCAAUAAAGUUCUCUUUAUUCCCCAAUAAAGAUCUGUCCA